AUUUUGACGUCUUUAUGUGCCUCAAGAAUAAAUAAAUAAAUAAAGGAAAUCCAUAUUUAAAUGUUAAACACUCAAUUACGUUUUUCUGUUAUAACACACUCUUAUUUUUUGUAAGCAUAUAACAUUCACUACUACUGCUGCUGCUGCUGCUGCUAUUACUGCUGCUGCUACAACUACUACUGCUGCUACUACAACUACCACUACUGCUACUACCACUACUACUACCACUACUACUACCACUACUAUUGUUGUUGAUGUGCAACCUUACUAUUUUUAAUUAUUUCAAAGUUUGGAUCUUUUUUUUUAUUAUAAUUAUUAUUAUUUUUUAAGAAAAAAUUUUUUUUAUUUAUUUCUAUUUUAGCCAAACUUAUUUUUAUCUUUAUUAUAUAAUAAUGGUAAAAUAUCGUACAGGAAAGCAAAGAGGAUAUGGAUUUAACAAGACAAGAAUAGUCAGGGAAUACAACGGUAAUAAUAGCAACUAUGAGCACUAUAAUAACAGCAGCUAUGAGCGCUAUAAUAACAGCAACUAUGAGCACUAUAAUAACAGCAACUAUGGGCACUAUAAUAACAGUCAUAACAAUGUUCAAGAAGGAAAUACAAUAGAAGAGGAAGUUUUUAUUGUGAGAAAUGAAUCUAAUGUAAAUUUUAUACCACCUACACCCUCCUUUAAACAAGCUUCUUCAUUUUCUAUGACACAAUUGAUGAAUAAUAAUAAUAAUUCUAUACAAGAUUUUAAUACUCGGCCGUCAAAAGACAUUAAUGAGGACGAACAAGCUGGAUUCUUUUUUGAUUUAUCAGCACAACAAAAUACAGAAAAUAAUAGAGGAUUAGGUUACAAUAAAACUGAUAAAAAACAGGCUGCUUUCUUAAAACAUAAAAAGAAAAUCAUUCAAGAUGAGAAUGUAUAUAUUGAUGAUGAUGAUGAAAAUGAUGAUGUGUUAUCCAUUAGUAGCAGCGAGGAUAUUGAAAUUAUCAAAGGCCUAUCUCAUUGGGCUAAUAAAGAUAUUUUGAGAGAUGAAGCUAAUGAUAAUAGUGAAAGUAUCGAUGCUAUUAAUCAAGACAACCAGUUUGAGAUGGGCGAUUUAAUCCAGAUGCUUAAAACAAUGCUUAUUAGUGAUAUUUGUGAUAAUGAGAAACCAAGAGUAAAUACGCAAAAUACAUUCAGGAGUAAUAGAAAAUCAAAUCCUCCACCCAUGUCGAUUAAGAAGUAGUAAAGUAUACACGUUUAUUAUUGCUAUCAUUUGCUUAUACUAAUAGAAACAUUUAUUUAUAGUAUUACAGAGAAUCUUAUUAAAAAUAAGGAUAUAAAAACGCUUCGAUUACAUAAUGUGACGCCUUUUGGUCUUAAUACAAUCAUCCCAGAACUAGCUGAACUCUAUAAG